CACGUACUGUACUGUAUAGGUACGAUGUAAAUAGAUAGUUUGUAAAGAACGUAUCUCUAAUUGAACGCGUUUUUGUUUUAAUUCGGGUCAGUAGGUAAUAAAUUAUUAGGUGAGGAUAUAUUAACUAAGGAUUAUUACUUUGGAAUAUUAUUCUUAUGUUUAAAAUGGUCAAGAAUACUCCAAAAGUGGCCGUCCUCGGGGCAGGAGUCGUCGGUUUGACGGUGGCGAAGAUAUUCCAAGAUCGACUCAGACAUGCUGAUAUAACAGUCGUAGCGGAUAAGUUUAAAGGAGAUACUGUUAGUUGUGUCGCUGCAGGCAUCUUCCGGCCAGGACUCAGCUUUAGAGGUCCCACAUACGAGAUAACGAAACGAUGGAUCGACAAUUCUUGGUAUUACUGGCAGGAUAUACUUAAAACAUCCGAAGCUGACAAAGCGGGCGUUGUAGCGCUUUCGACAUACAUAUUCUCAAAAGAAAACUAUCAUACGACUAGAAAUCGCUUGAUAGAAGAUCUUGUGCCGAUUUAUCGACCUGUUGAUGAGAACGAAUUACAAAUUGCAGGCAAAGGUUGGAAAUACGGAUCUUAUUUCACAACUGUUAAAACGACAUGCGACUAUUACCUGCCUUGGUUAGAGAAUUCGUUCGUCAAAAGUGGCGGGAAAAUCGUCAACAGAAAGAUUGACAGUUUCUCAUCGCUCAACUUCGAUUUGGUAUUCAAUUGUACCGGUAUGGGAGCGAAAUAUUUAUGCAACGAUUACGAUUUAGUUCCGAUCCGGGGUCAGAUAUUUAAAGUGAAAGCUCCGUGGCUAAAGACGGCGUUUUACGGUGAUUAUGACGCGUAUAUCAUACCGGGGCAGGACGGUAUCGCGACUUUGGGUGGAGUCCGGCAAUAUGACAGCUACAACAUGCAGGUGUGCAGGCAUGACGCGGCAGCGAUCAUGGAGAGGUGUGUGGAUUUGUUGCCAGCGUUGAAGAAUGUUGAGGUGGUGGCGCAGAAGGUUGGUUUACGACCUCACAGGGUACCUGUGCGGGUGGAAGCUGAGGUUAUUGAUGAUUUGAAAGUGGUACAUUGCUAUGGUCAUGGUGGAUACGGGGUUAUGUGCGCCCCGGGCACCGCCAUGCACGCGGUCGAUAUCGCUUUGGACGUUCUGAGGUCUAAUAUCAGGAGCAAAAUUUAAUAUAAACUAUAAUUUCUAGGUACAUAUUAAAAUGUAAUGUUUCUUUUUGUAUGUAAUUUCUAAAAAUGUUGCUUAUGACAAAUCUAUUUUAGUAUAUUUUAAUCAUUUAUCAUAUUGCAUACAUCUAAUAUCUUUAUUGUCUAUUCAUAUAAAUAAACAAAAUUGGAAAACAAAGUA